CGGCCGCCGCAGCCCAUUGGCCCGCCGCGGAGUGUCGGUGAAGUCAGCGCCGAGUCCCAGAAAAACAGAGCGGGGCCAACUGCAGCGUGGAGCGCGAGCGGGGCAGGACGCGCGCUGCCCGCCGCCCGCCGCCCGGCGACCCGCAAGGACGUGGCGUUUGUCGGAAGAGUCUGUGAAGCCCUCUCUCUACCCGGAGCUCCAGGACCAAUGCAUCUGUCCAUGGCCCUACACCGCUGGUGAAUAGCAGUGCCGAGCCCCAUUUGCAGAAGAUUUGUCCUGUCACCACCAUGAGCUCUGAAUAUGACGUUGGCGCUUCUAAAGCCGUGGUGAACGGGUUGGCACCAGGCAGCAAUGGGCAGGACAAAGCAACCACCGACCCCUCACGCGCACGCUCUAUCUCUGCCGUUAAAAUAAUUCCUGUGAAGACAGUGAAAAGCUCUCCAGGCCUAGUACUCCCUCCAGACAUGGAUCCUACAAAAGUCUGCACUGGGAAGGGAGCCGUGACUCUCCGGGCCUCAUCCUCCUACAGGGACACCCCAAGCAGUAGCCCUGUGAGCCCUCAGGAAACCCCGCAAUACGAAAGCAAACCAGUGCUGGAGUUGGAGAAUUCCCCAGCAGAUGAGUGGCGACUUUCUUCCAAUGCUGAUGCCAAUGGAAACGCCCAGCCCUCUUCACUCGCUGCCAAGGGCUACAGAAGCGUGCACCCCAACCUUCCUUCCGACAAGCCCCAGGAUGCUACUUCCUCCAGCCCAGCCCAGCCUGAGGUCAUAGUUGUCCCUCUCUACCUGGUUAACACUGACAGAGGGCAAGAAGGCACUGCCAGACCUCCAGCACCUCUGGGGCCACUGGGCCCCCCAGUCCCGGCGGCCGCCCCUGCCAGCUCACCUCUGACCUUCCCGACUCUAGAUGAUUUCAUUCCCCCUCGUCUGCAGAGGCGGCCCCACCACAGCCCGCCAGCCAGCGCUCCAGGCCCCCACUCCCCCGUUAGCCAGACACCACCAUCCUUCUCACCACCGCCUCCGCUGGUCCCCCCAGUCCCGGAGGGCCUGCACAGCGUCUCGGAGCCUGACCUCACGGGAGCUGUUUCAAGUACCGAUUCAAGUCCUCUGCUAAAUGAAGUUUCUUCAUCUCGUGUCAGAACUGAUUCCCAAACUUGUGCACCAGUCAGCAAGCCAUCCUCUGCCUACCCCUCCACGACCAUUGUCAACCCCACGAUUGUGCUCCUGCAGCACAACCGAGAACAGCAGAAACGACUCAGCAGCCUGUCAGAUCCUCUGUCAGAAAGAAGAGUGGGAGAACGUGACUCGGCACCAACCCAGGAAAAACCCACCUCUCCUGGCAGGUCCUCUGACAAAAAGGCCAAGGAUGACAGCCGGCGGGUGGCUAAGAGCACUCAGGACCUGAGCGAUGUGUCCAUGGAUGAAGUGGGCAUCCCACUCCGGAACACCGAGAGAUCCAAAGACUGGUACAAGACCAUGUUUAAGCAGAUCCACAAGCUAAACAGAGACACUCCUGAAGAAAACCCUUAUUUCCCUACGUACAAAUUCCCCGAACUUCCUGAAAUCCAGCAAAAUUCUGAAGAGGACAGUCCUUACACUCCUACCUACCAGUUUCCUGCAUCUACUCCUAGUCCUAAAUCUGAAGAUGAUGAUUCAGAUCUGUACUCUCCUCGAUACUCCUACUCUGAAGACACAAAAUCUCCCCUUUCCGUGCCUCGCUCAAAAAGUGAGAUGAGCUACAUUGACGGUGAGAAGGUAGUGAAGCGGUCAGCCACACUUCCCCUCCCGGCCCGCUCUUCCUCCCUGAAAUCAAGCCCAGAGAGAAACGACUGGGAGCCCCCAGAUAAGAAAGUGGACACAAGGAAAUACCGUGCUGAGCCCAAAAGCAUAUACGAGUAUCAGCCGGGCAAGUCCUCCGUUCUGAACAACGAAAAGAUGAGUCGGGAUAUAAGCCCAGAAGAGAUAGAUUUAAAGAAUGAACCUUGGUAUAAAUUCUUUUCGGAAUUGGAGUUUGGGAAACCGCCUCCCAAAAAGAUAUGGGAUUAUACUCCUGGAGACUGCUCUAUCCUUCCUAGAGAGGAUAGAAAGACUAACCUAGACACAGAGCUCAACCUCUGCCAGACAGAGUUAGAGGCAGAUGUAGGGGAGACGGAGACGCUUAGCAAAGCACCCCAUGCAGACCUGGCGCAGAGCUCAGCAGUCAGCCCCACUCCGGACAUGUCUUCAGAGCCUCCUGGAUAUAUAUAUUCUUCCAACUUCCACGCAGUGAAGAGGGAAUCGGAUGGGGCUCCCUGCGACCUCGGGAGCCUGGAGAACGAGAGGCAGAUUUAUAAAAGCGUCCUGGAAGGUGGAGACAUCCCUCUCCAGGGCCUCAGUGGGCUCAAGCGCCCGUCCAGCUCGGCCUCCACGAAAGUGGAUCGUAAAGGUGGGAAUGCUCACAUGAUUUCUUCAUCUUCAGUUCAUAGCCGAACAGUUAGCACUAGCAAUGCCUUAGGCCCCGUGUGUAAGCACAAGAAACCCCUGUCUGCUGCAAAAGCCUGCAUUUCCGAAAUCCUCCCCUCCAAGUUCAAGCCCAGGCUCUCCGCUCCCAGCGCUCUCUUGCAGGAACAGAAGAGUGUCCUGCUGCCUUCGGAAAAGGCUCAGAGCUGUGAGAACCUCUGUGUCUCCUUGUCUUUGAACGGCUCCAAGAGAGGGCUCCCCCUGCAGGUGGGGGGAAGCAUCGAGAACCUGCUCAUGCGCUCCCGGCGGGAUUACGACAGCAAGUCCAGCAGCACCCUGAGCUUGCAGGAGUACGGCUCCAGCGCCAGGAGGCCCUGCCCGCUCUCCAGGAAGGCGGGCAUGCAGUUCACCAUGCUCUACCGGGACAUGCACCAGAUCAACCGAGCCGGCCUCUUCCUGGGCUCUGCCUCCUCCGCCAGCGUGCGGGACCUGGCCUCCCACUUCGAACGGAGCAGCCUGGGCCUGGGCAGGGGCGAGCUGGGCCCCAGCCAGGAGGGCUCGGAACACAUCCCCAAGCACACCGUCUCCUCCCGCAUCACGGCCUUCGAGCAGCUGAUCCAGCGGUCACGGUCCAUGCCGUCCCUGGACCUGUCGGGCAGGCUGAGCAAGUCCCCCACGCCCGUGCUGUCCCGGAGCGGCCUGACCGCAGCCCGCUCCGCCGAGUCCCUGCUGGAGUCCACCAAGCUCCGGCCCCGGGAGGUGGACGGCCUGAGCCCCGGGGGGGCCUACGCCUCCCCGACGUGCGGCAGUGUGGCCGACUCCCCCUUGGGGUUCAGGGGCCUGGCGCCCUCGGAGCCCCUCUCCACCUGCUCCGACGAGCUCGACCACUGCUCCAACGUCUCCAGCGACAGCAGGGAGGGCAGCGGCGGCAGCGUUCACGGGGACUUCCCCAAACACCGCCUCAACAAGUGCAAGGGCACCUGCCCCGCCUCCUACACCCGCUUCACCACCAUCCGCAAGCACGAGCAGCAGGCCUCCCGGCAGCCCGACUGGCGCCCGGACUGCAGAGGGGACCGCAGCGCGCUGCUCAGGAACAUCUACCUGAUGAGCCCCCUCCCCUUCCGGCUGAAAAGGCCCCCCCAGCAACACCCCAGGCAGCCUGCCCCCGGGGACUUCUUGGGCAGGAAGCCGGACCUCCCCGGGCAGUCCCAGCAGGACGAGCCCCACGCCAGGGGGAAGCCCCUGGUGCCCAGGCGCCUGUCUUCCCGACACGCCAUGGCCAGGCUGGGCCGGACCGCAGAGCCCCCUCAGGAGAGACCCGCGGCCCCCGAGGACUGCCCGGGGGCCUUUGAUAAUGGGAACCCCGUGCCGUACUCAGACCACGGCCUGGACAGAAACAACAACCCCCCCGGGGAGCCGGGACCGUCCCGCGGAGAUUCAGAAUCACCGAGACAUUUUAUACCAGCUGACUACUUGGAAUCCACGGAAGAAUUCAUCCGGAGGCGUCAUGACGAUAAAGAAAAACUUUUAGCGGACCAGCGACGACUAAAGCGCGAGCAAGAAGAGGCCGAUAUCGCAGCUCGACGCCACACGGGCGUCAUUCCGACGCACCAUCAGUUUAUCACUAAUGAGCGCUUUGGGGACCUCCUCAAUAUAGACGAUACGGCAAAAAGGAAAUCUGGGUCAGAGAUGAGACCUGCCAGAGCCAAAUUUGACUUUAAAGCUCAGACACUGAAGGAGCUUCCUCUGCAGAAGGGAGAUAUUGUUUACAUUUACAAGCAGAUUGACCAGAACUGGUACGAAGGCGAGCACCACGGCCGAGUGGGCAUCUUCCCGCGCACCUACAUCGAGCUUCUUCCUCCUGCGGAGAAGGCUCAGCCCAAAAAGUUGGCACCGGUGCAGAUUUUGGAAUACGGAGAAGCUAUUGCAAAGUUCAACUUCAAUGGGGAUACGCAAGUAGAAAUGUCCUUCCGGAAGGGUGAGAGGAUCACGCUGCUCCGACAGGUGGACGAGAACUGGUACGAAGGGAGAAUCCCGGGGACGACCCGGCAAGGCAUCUUCCCCAUCACCUACGUGGACGUGCUCAAAAGGCCACUGGUUAAACACCCGGUGGAUUACAUCGACCUGCCUUACUCCUCCCCAAGUCGUAGUGCCACCAUGAGCCCACAGUUUCCCAGUCAUAGCAAGCUCAUCCUGCCAGCCUCCUCAUCUCUGCCUCACCCCCGCCGAGCCCUGUCCCCUGAGAUGCAGGCUGUCACCUCAGAGUGGAUCUCGCUGACCGUGGGGGUCCCAGGCCGGCGUCCCCUGGCCCUGACCCCCCCUCUGCCUCCUCUGCCGGAGGCAUCUGUCUAUUACUCUGACCACCUUGCUUUUUUGACAAGGCCUAGUCCCCCCCUGUCCCUCAGCCUCCCCCAUUCGAGUUGGUCGGGUCGUUCCACCCCCCACUCCAUCGUCUCCCCACUGGCCCUCCCUGCCCCCCACCGAGCCUACUCCCCGGUGCCCAGUGCCCAGGCCUCCCUUCACGUCAACGGAGACAGUGGCAGCCACAGGCCCCCUCCAGGCUUCCCGCAGGGCAGCCUCUCCCAGCCUCUGCUCGGGAGCCCCGAUAGCGUCAUCUCGGAGCUUAGCAACGCCUUCAGCAGCCAGGGCCCAUGGCGAGAGGAAAGCAGACAGUACGGCAGGAAAGCAGAGAGGGAGGCAGGUGAGAGGCGCCCGGGCGGACCCACGAUCUCUAAGAAGAGCUGCUUGAAACCUUCAGACGUGGUCAGGUGCCUGAGCACCGAACAGAGACCCUCAGACCUCUGCGCCCCCGCGGAGAGCCAGCCCGGCCAGGCCCCGGGCAGCGCUUUCCCGGGAAGGGAGGCUGAGCACACGGCGCCGCGUAGAGGGGGUGAGCAGGCCGGGCCGAAGGCUGCUCCGCGCGGUGUGCGCCAGCCUUCUCAUCAUUCAUUGAGCGCAGGACCUGAUCUCACAGAAUCUGAAAAGAGCUAUGUGGAAGCAGUGUGCAAUGAGAUCAUAAACAUUGCCGAAAAGUCUGUUCAUUACUGCAGCACUGUCUCUCAUCCCUUUGACUUCCAUCACAAGGUACCCCCUUCUGACAAUAAAUCAUCUUUAAUCAUUUCUCAGCAACCUCAAGCCCAGCAGCGAAGAGUCACCCCAGACAGGAAUCAAGCCUCACAAGAUUUAUUUAGCUACCAAGCAUUAUAUAGCUAUAUACCACAGAACGAUGAUGAGUUGGAACUCCGAGAUGGAGAUAUUGUUGAUGUCAUGGAAAAGUGUGACGAUGGAUGGUUUGUUGGAACUUCGAGAAGGACAAGGCAGUUUGGUACUUUUCCAGGCAACUAUGUAAAGCCUUUGUAUCUGUAAGAAGACUGAAACCCGCAGAGGUGAUUUUUAUUGGAGGAUGAAGCAUCACCCAUGAACUGGUCUCUUGAUUUAAAAGUUGCGUCAGUAGGAAAAGUAAUACAGUGGAUAAAGAACGAAGCAAAAGAGCGGGACAGAGAAGUGUGUUGUGUUUAAAACCCGGGCUUGUCUCAGCUUACCGUGUAUCAGACAGGCCCGAACCAUGCGCUGAGCAGAAAGGAAUGAGGCAAAUCUGUAUUUAUUUAGCUGCUUCCGGGAGCCUCUCCAGCCCUCCCCUUCGCUCCCGUCUGAGGUAACCUGACCUGUGGCCGCAGAAAUGCCUCCUGCUGCCGCCUCCCUCACCUGCCCGAAGCUGGCCGAAACCCCUGGCAGACCCCCAGCCAUUCUCCAAAGGCUCCGCACAGACCCCCACCCCAGCCCACCGCCCACGCCCGCUGGCCCCCCAGAACCAUCGGCGCCGCUGGAGGUCAGUCUGGGCUGCGUGCGAGGUCCUCCCCGGACGGUGGUGGAGGCCCCACCCUGGACCCGCUGAGGUUAGUGGGGAAAUGGAGGUGACCCUUCGGUGUCCGGAGCAUGCACACCCAGCCUGCGGCAUUGCCACUGACCCCCGUGUCAGACAGAAGGGCACGGGAGGUUUGCCCGUGGGAGCAGGUGGCCAGGCAGACAGUUACAUGUGUGUGUCCGAGUGACUUAGGUCAGGAAGCGCUGUGCCUCCUGAGGUCACAUCCCUGUGCCCCUUCCCGGAUCACUGGCUUCCGCAGGUGUUCCCUUUCAGGGCAGUGUCACUGAUCAGACGCCAUUGCUGAUCUUUCUUUUCUGGAUUGUUCUUGGCCAGGACAGUGUGGGGUUGAUAGGCCUGUUCUCAGGGAGAACCACGGAUGGAGAUGUUCAAUGAUUCAGUUAGCACACCCGGAUGGACCCUGGAUGCCGGGCACCAGCAAGCAGAGACUUACCGCAUCCCCACAGGAAUUCUAGGGCCCCUCAGAAGGGAGCCCCCAGGCUGAGUCCUGGUGCCCCGGGCCAGGCUCCGCUUCAGAGCAGAGGUGCAGAUGCAGGGCUCGCGGUGGGAGGGAGUGAUUCUGCUGCUCCCAGCUGGCCGGAGCUAAGGGGCGAGGCCCCUGAGACACCUGGGUCACAACUCUGUCCAGUCAGCCUCUCUGUUGGACCCCUUGGAGAAUGAAAGACAGAAAUAGCCCAUUCCCUGCCUGCCAGGGACUCAGGUGAUUGGAGACAGACACACACACACACACACACACACACAAAGACUCACUCAAGAGAGACUGUGAAAUGUGCUAAGAAGGGUGUGAGAGAGGAAGAGAUGAAUUUCCCUGGAGGGAUCCUAGAAAGUACUGUAUUUCUGUCCCCAUGAGCUCACUGUUGAACAACCAGGAUGCUGGACAAACCUUUGCCUGAGGGCACUUUAUGACUGAACAUACUUGGAGCUGCUUCCAAGUCUUCAAACUCUCACCCUCUCCACAAGUCCACAUCCGGCCACAAGUAGGAGCAGCAAUUCCGAGUGCCAGAGUGUGUGCAGGAGCCCCGGCUCUCUGCCUGUAGCUCAGACGUGCCCAGCGCCAUUGUCCCAACAUCUGAGCCUUUAGAAGUAAGCAAAGUUUGUCUUCAGUGUCUCUGCCUCCACUUCUGUCUCCACGACUCAUCUUAGGAUCCCACCGGCUGCCCACCCCCCAUCAGACAGCUACAGUGCCCUCACUUCUCCCCCGUCCUCUUUUCAAAUCUUGCUGGCUGACUUCUUCACACUUAAGUGCAAAUGACUGAUACAGGAAUGUGUUACCUCUUCCCAGAGACAUUUGUUUUUAACUAGAGCAGAGCCUUAAUCCCCAGGGGAAAGACUGUAGAACUAAUGGUGGGGAUGGGGUGGGGUGGGGUGGGGGCGGAGGAAGAUGGAGGAGCCUCCUGGGUAGAGAUUCCUUAAAUAAGACUCGUUGCUUUGGGAGGCCCACCUCUCCGCCCAGGGCACUGUGACUUGACUCUGAGGGAAUAGAGUACAAGUGUGCGUGCACAUGCAUUCGGCCAGCAGCAUCUCACCCGUUUGGAAAUAUAAUUCUUGUAUUGGCUAAUGUGUUUCCCGGACUUUCUUAGAUAAAAACCAUUAAUAUCAUGAUCUUAUCUAAUAGUUUUCUGAGGGGUGCUUCUUGAUUCCGUAGGUAAUUGUGAACACCUCUUUAAAUACAGCUAGAAAAUAAAACCAAUUUGUAAAGCCACAUUUGCAUAUGACGCCAGCCUCCCGCCUUUGUGUAUCAACAGAAACCCAGAUAUGCCUCACCGGUUUGCCCGUCUUUAAUAAAAUCAUGUGUUCAAAUUUGCAUCAAACUUCAGCUUCCUAUGUGUCACCAGACAAGGAACCAAGGUUUCCAAUGCUCUCUCGUCGUCAGACAUUUAGUAUGAUAAAAUGCCUAUUUUUAUGCUGAGAUGUUUAUACAGGUUUAUUAAUAGCAAGUGCAGCGGAGCAGGCGGCAUGCCUCACAGACAGUUUUGAUAUAUAUUAGCCACGCUUCUGGGGACAGGCAAGCCCCGAACCACCUCUCCUGUGCAGCCUCCCUGGGAAAAGCCAGAGGAGAGAGCCAUAUGCUUACGUGGGUCUGUAAAUAUGUACAUUUAACUUUGUAUAGCCCAUGUACCUACUUUGUAUGGAAAAAUAAUUUUAAAAAUUGCAGCUGGAGGGAAGUAAAAGGAGGAAGUCGUGAAGUUUUUUGCAUUUUUAUUUAAGUGAAGGAAUUGUACAUAACGCACCGGCAGAUUUUUAGCACAAAUAUAGCCAUUGUAAAGUUAAAAAUUUAAAUAAAUAACCAUUAUUUCUGGGAGAGAAGGUAGUAACUAUAAUCUCAGUUACAGUUUUUUGGUUUUGAGUUUGUUGGGGUUUUUUGUUUGGUUUCUUCUUUCUUUUCUUUUUUUUUCUUUUUUUUUUUUUUGGCAGUUCUAGCUAUCUGAAAUAGCAUUAAGUCCUAUUGCUGGAAUAGGUUACUACAAAAAAGAGCAGAAGGUUAUAUUCUGAAAGAAGAAGAGUAACUGCCAUUACACGUACGCAGUUAACGUGCUGCCAUUUACGUUACACACCGAGAGCACGCACUGUACAGCCACAGUUCUCCUGUCGUUUAUUUUUCCUUAUUGCAGUGGGUUGAU